GAGCGGCCACCAUCUUGGAACGGGAGGCGGAGCACAGCCGACUGGGAGCGACCGAGCGGGCCGCCGCCGCCGCCAUGAACCCCGAAUAUGACUACCUAUUCAAGCUGCUUCUGAUCGGCGACUCCGGCGUGGGCAAGUCCUGCCUGCUGCUGCGGUUUGCUGAUGACACGUACACCGACAGCUACAUCAGCACCAUUGGGGUGGACUUCAAGAUCCGCACCAUCGAGCUGGACGGCAAGACCAUCAAGCUGCAGAUCUGGGACACGGCCGGGCAGGAGCGGUUCCGUACCAUCACGUCCAGCUACUACCGGGGUGCUCACGGCAUCAUCGUGGUGUAUGACGUCACCGACCAGGAGUCCUAUGCCAACGUGAAGCAGUGGCUGCAGGAGAUCGACCGCUAUGCCAGUGAGAAUGUCAACAAGCUACUGGUGGGCAACAAGAGCGACCUGACCACCAAGAAGGUGGUGGACAACAGCACGGCCAAGGAGUUUGCGGAUUCCCUGGGCAUCCCCUUCCUGGAGACAAGUGCCAAGAAUGCCACCAACGUGGAACAGGCCUUCAUGACCAUGGCCGCCGAGAUCAAGAAACGCAUGGGGCCGGGGGCUGCCUCUGGGGGUGAGAGGCCCAACCUCAAAAUUGACAGCACCCCUGUCAAGCAGGCGACUGGUGGAGGCUGUUGCUAGGAGGGCCCAUGGGGGGAUGGGGGGCACCUUCUCCAGAUGAUGCCUGAGGGGGAAGCAGGUGUCCCCCCUCCUGGGGCAUUUGAGUCUGUGGCUUUGGGGUGUCCUGGGCUCCCCAUCUCCCUCUAGCCUGGCUAUGCUGCCCUGAGCCCCAGUUCUUCGGGGCUCCCCCAGAAGGACACCCAGGACAGUGGCUGGGGGGCUUGCUCGCUGCUGUCUCUGCAGGGGCCCCUCCUCUCCCCAGCCUGGGCUCCAGGACCUCAGGGCCGACUGGGGGCCCACAGGGACACCUCCUCGCCUCCUCCCCGUGCCCCCUCCCUGCAGGCCUGCAGCAGAGGGGCUGGGUAGGCAGGUGGGCGGCAGCGCAUUGGGCCUGUUCUCCAUCCCCGAGGGAGCCUUUUCCUGCCGCCCCUGCCCCACUAGGGCCCCUGUGCCGCCUGCCAGCCGCGCCCCUUUGUCCCCAGCCAGCGGAGGCGGCAGAGGCUGCUCGGGCACCAGCCUUAACCCUCACUCUGCCGCACCUCCUUUCCGCCCUCCCUCCCUGCCUCUCCCCUGAGGGAUGGGGGUGUAGCCAGGGUCCAGUGGGCUCCGCUCCCACCCCCACCCCCCAGCACCGCCUCCUGCGAAGCUUGUUCCUGCGGGAAACCCACCUCAGCCACUUCUCGCCUGGCGCACCUGUGCCCUGCCCUCCAGCUUGUAUUUAAGUCCCCGGGGUGUCCCCCACUCCCAGGUCCCCUCUGGUGUCAUGUCAGGCGUUUUGCAAGGAAAAGCCACUUGGGGAGCGCUGGAAGGAGAAGCACGCGCGCGCGCGCACACACACAUACACACAUACACAAUAAAUUUCCACUGGCCCUCGAGGAAGCUGAGGGUUUUUGCAAGGAA